AUGUCUUCAACUCCCAAGCUCACCAAACGCCAGAAAAAAGGCAUAGCUUUCCGCGAGGGUAAAGGCAAAGCAAAAAAUCAAGGAGACCUGGAGCACGAUGUCCCUAUUCUCGAACUUCAAGACCUUAUUGAGGGUCGGGCUGGCAGCGAGGAGGGUGGGGAGGUCAUUCAAGGCGCUCAAAGGAGUGCUGGGGGGGAAAGCAGGGGAAGGAAAGAGGCCGUGGUUCAGGAGGACGGAGAGAAAAAAGGGCUGGUGGUGGCAACGAAAAAGCGAAAGAGGGAAGUUGCGGAAGAUGCACAAGGAACCGGAGAUCUAGAGGGAGAGGACGCGCAGUCAGGGAAGCGGAAAGUUAAGAGAACCAAGGGAGAUGCUGGGGAUGAUGCAGAGGAAGCUGAGCAGGGAGAAUCAAAAACUGAAAAAUCAAGACAACGUUUUAUUCUGUUUCUUGGUAUGAUCGAGCAUCCUGAUGGGUCUUUCCGCUCAGCUGAGACUUUGACUUCAGGAAAUCUUAAAUAUACUACCACCUUAGAAUCAAUACAGGCUCAUUUCGCAGCAUGCGAUCCACCACCUACUGUCCGUUUACUUGCACCUAAACCAGCUGCCAAUAAACCACCUGUGAGACCCAUGAUGAAAUCCAAGGGAUGCGCUUUUCUCGAAUUCAAGCAUCGCAAUGCUCUUCAGCAGGGCCUCAAGCUGCACCAUUCCAGCUUAGAUGGCCGUCAGAUCAAUGUGGAGCUUACUGCUGGUGGUGGUGGCAAGGGCGAAGCGAGGGUGUCGAAGUUGAAGGAACGGAACAAAGAAUUGGAGAGUCAGCGACAAAAACAACUUCAGAAGAAAGCCAAGUCAAAAGGUGAAGAGCCAGCGUCUAGGAUGGAUGGGGCAAAGAGAUUCUCCACAACAUCAGGCGCCGAUCAGGAGGUGCAGAAAAAGCGGACAUGGACGGUCGGUGACACGCAAGACUCCACGACACAUCGCGGAGGAAAGAGACACGCGAAGGAUGGUAAAGCACGGCAGACCAAAAGCAAAGAUUGGGGUACUGGCGUUAAUGCUAUCCCUGUUGGCUGA